AUGAACGUUCCCACUACUACCAACGCGAUCUUCACCACCGACCCCACAACCAUCCUUUCUAUCACCGGCAUGAUCACCAGCAUUCUUAGCACAAACACCAUCAUUACGACCAUCCCCAACACCACUACUAAGAGCACCACCACCACCACUGCCACCAGCAGUCCUCGUAUAGUCCGUGGCAGAGUUCGCGACCUCAAACGACGGUACGAUCUAAACAUAUCUCAGACAUUAACCUGUCUGCAGGCGCGUACACGCAUCGCCGUUCAAUAA